AUGCCUCUAACAGAGCAAAACAACAUCUCUAUCGCAGAAAUAUGCUUCUACACUCUCUCUCUCUUCCUCGCCAUCUGGCUCUCGACCCGUCACGGCUUCGGUCGUAGCGCCGGCUGGUUCUAUCUCAUCAUGUUCUCCCUCGCCCGCAUCAUCGGCGCGUCACUACAACUCGCCACAAUCUCGCAACCCAGAAACAUCAGCCUGUACAUCGGUGCCGCCACACUCGCCAACGUCGGCCUGUCGCCACUGAUCCUAGCGCAGCUAGGACUCAUUGGCAGAGCAUUGGCAAGCAUACGCAAAUCGCACGCCACGUUCCUGGACGAGAAGAAAUUGCGGCUGGUGCAGACGAUUGUCGUCGUUGGGCUCAUCCUCGGCGCUGUGGGAGGCAACAAAGCCGCGAGCACCUACGGCGAAACUGGCACUUACGAAGCCCCGGGCGAAUCCAAGGCGGGAAUAGGGCUCAUGAUCGCCGGAUACAUCCUUUUGUUGCUGGCGACCAUCGUUAUUGCUCUCCAAAUUCGACUUGUCUAUGCCGCCAUCUCGACUUUCGCAAACAACUCCAAAUUCAAUCAAUUGAGUGGAAAUUUCAACAUUCAGCUGGGCAUGGCUAUCGUCAUGGAGAUGAUUGUCGUUGCUAUUGUCGAGGGAAUCGGAUUGACGUUGAAGCAGAUGCCCAACAACCCGCCGUUCACUUCGGCUGCUACUUCUACGAGUCAGCACAUGGUGCGACCCGCCAUCUCAAGGUGA